AGUUUCACUAUGGAUGUGACAUUCUAAAGAAUUGUUGAAUUUGUUAUCGGAACAACUGCUGAUAUUUUGAAACUCGCACUGUGUUCACUUUGCUUUAAUAGAAACCUGGUAAAUAAGAUGUGGUUCAUGGUUUAUUUCCAUUUGAUGGACUUUUUUUUCAAUACUGUCAUUUUAAAAGACCAUAUCCCUUUACAAAGUUUGUUCAUCGUUAGGACUUUUUACAGACUGGGAAAUAAAAGUAUGUAAGUUAGCUGCCUCCCCGAGGUCAUGCGAGGCCAAAACUUGCUCUGUUACUCUAAUGCUGUGAGAACAGAACUGGGCACAAAAUAUCUAUGUGGAACUUGAAUCUCUUGCUUCCUCUUCUGGUGCUUUUAAUUACAAAACCAUGAAAGCUUAUUCUGAAAACCUCCAUCAAAUUAAUUAACCCUUAAUAUGCGUGCUGUAGGAAAAAUGUUUUGCCUUGAAGAUAGAUUUUCUGUGAGUCAUGGUACAUGUAAUUUUUGGCCUUGGAUGAAUGGAAAAAAAAAUAGCUUUUGUAAAUACAAACUAUAAUAUUGGUAGCACGAACAUUGAGGGGUAUUUUCCUUUUGUGUUUUUGCAGGUAAAUGACCUCUGCUGGCACGUGCGCUGUCUCUCAUGCAGUGUUUGCAGAACGUCUCUAGGAAGACAUACCAGCUGUUACAUCAAAGAUAAAGAUAUCUUCUGCAAACUUGAUUAUUUCAGGCGGUACGGCACCCGCUGCUCCCGCUGCGGCCGGCACAUCCACUCCACCGACUGGGUCCGCAGGGCUAAAGGGAACGUCUACCACUUGGCCUGCUUCGCCUGCUUCUCCUGCAAGAGGCAGCUCUCCACUGGGGAGGAGUUCGCUCUGGUGGAAGAGAAGGUCCUCUGCAGAGUGCACUACGACUGCAUGUUGGACAAUCUGAAAAGAGAAGUGGAAAAUGGUAAUGGGAUUAGUGUGGAAGGAGCAUUGCUAACAGAACAAGACGUUAAUCAUCCAAAACCAGCAAAAAGAGCUCGGACCAGCUUCACAGCAGAUCAGCUCCAGGUUAUGCAAGCACAGUUUGCUCAGGACAACAACCCAGAUGCACAAACACUUCAGAAACUGGCAGAAAGAACAGGCUUGAGCAGGCGUGUUAUACAGGUGUGGUUUCAGAAUUGCAGAGCACGCCAUAAGAAACACGUUAGUCCUAAUCAUUCAUCCACUGCUCCCGUCACAGCGGUUCAGCCCUCCAGGCUGUCUCCACCCAUGCUAGAGGAGAUGGCCUACUCUGCCUACGUACCCCAGGACGGGACGAUGCUGACUGCUCUGCACAGCUACAUGGACGCUCAUUCACCUACAGCUCUUGGACUCCAGCCUUUGCUACCCCAUUCAAUGACACAACUGCCACUAAGUCACACCUAAUUCCUUUGUCAGGGAUAUAAGCUAUUAAGGAUGUAACCUUAAGUCAUUUAUUGUGUAUUAAAAAUAUCAUUGGAAAGAUAUUAAUGUUAACUUUUUAUUUAACAUCUAAAGCAUUUUCAAGAUCAUUUUUGCUGCCCAGGUAUGUAAGUAUAUUUAGCCUGCAAGACACUUUUAUGGAUUCUGCAUAAAUAUUACAUUGUUUACAAGCCUUAUUAAACACCUUUUUGUAUUGUCUGGAAGUAGUCCACUCUAGUUAUGUGUGUGUUAAUUUAUUUGUCAUCAAAUGAGCACUUUGCCUAAAAGAAAGGACUGACAAUUGUGCAAAAUGUUUACAAUUCUUUGUGAAAUUGUAGUUUAUCAUUAGUUUGUAUCUGUAAGUUAUUGUUAAAAGUAUUACCUGUAUUUGAGUUGUACACAGCCUAUAUGUUAAAGCUUAUUUCUGUGAGUUUACAAAAAUAAAUUUUGGUUGCAAAUAUUUUCAAAAUGAACUGAAUAAAGUUCCUGCUGUAGC